GUGAUUGCCACCAUGUUCUCGCCCAAUGACUUUGUGUCUGCUUCGUGGGAGCUUGUGGUUCGAGUCGAUCAUCCAAAUGAAGAGCAGAGAGAUGUCACACUGAGAGUGUCUGGAGACCUGCACAUCGGGGGAGUGAUGCUCAAGUUAGUAGAACAGAUCAACAUAUCUCGAGAUUGGUCAGACUUUGCUCUUUGGUGGGAACAAAAGCAUUGCUGGCUUCUGAAAACUCACUGGACCCUGGACAAGUGUGGGGUCCAGGCAGAUGCAAAGCUUCUCUUCACCCCUCAACAUAAAAUGCUUCGUCUCCGACUGCCAAAUGUGAAGGCAGUGAGAUUGCGAGUCAGCUUCUCAGCUGUGGUAUUUAAAGCUGUCAGUGAUAUCUGCAAAACGCUGAAUAUUAGAAGAUCAGAAGAACUUUCCUUGUUAAAACCUUCUGGUGAUUAUUUUAAAAAGAAGAAAAAGAAAGACAAAAAUAAUAAGGAGCCCAUAAUUGAAGAUAUCUUAAACCUAGAGAGUUCUCCAACCAUUUCAGGUUCACCAGUAAGUCCUGGUUUAUACAGUAAAACUAUGACUCCUAUGUAUGAUCCCAUCAACGGAACACCAGCAUCAUCCACCAUGACUUGGUUCAGUGACAGCCCUUUGACCGAACAAAACUGCAGCAUCCUUGCAUUCAGCCAGCCCACACAGUCACCAGAAGCAAUUGCUGAAAUGUACCAACCUCGGUCUCUGGUUGAUAAAGCCAAAUUAAAUGCAGGUUGGCUAGACUCCUCACGCUCCCUUAUGGAACAAGGAAUCCAGGAAGACGAGCAGCUGCUAUUACGAUUUAAAUAUUACACUUUCUUUGACUUGAAUCCCAAAUAUGAUGCUGUCCGAAUAAACCAACUCUACGAACAAGCCAGGUGGGCCAUUCUCUUAGAAGAAAUUGACUGUACAGAGGAAGAAAUGUUGAUCUUUGCAGCCUUACAGUAUCACAUUAGCAAGCUGUCAUUGUCAGCCGAAAUACAGGACUUUACAAACGAGACUGAAGUUGAUGAAGUAGAAGCAGCACUCUCUAAUUUAGAAGUUACCCUGGAAGGUGGGAAAACAGACACCACUUUGGAGGACAUUACUGAUAUCCCGAAACUCGCAGAUAGUCUCAAAUUAUUUAGGCCCAAGAAGCUAAUAUUAAAAGCUUUCAAACAAUAUUGGUUCGUCUUCAAAGACACAUAUAUAGCCUACUUUAAAAAUAAGGAACUUGAACAAGGAGAACCAGUAGAAAAACUAAAUCUUAGAGGCUGUGAAGUUGUGCCAGAUGUAAAUGUAGCAGGAAGAAAAUUUGGAAUCAAGUUACUAAUCCCUGUUGCUGAUGGUAUGAAUGAAGUAUAUCUGAAAUGUGACCAUGAGAAUCAGUAUGCCCGAUGGAUGGCUGCCUGCAUUUUAGCAUCAAAAGGCAAAACCAUGGCAGACAGCUCCUACCAGCCAGAGGUCCUUAACAUCCUUUCAUUCCUGAGAAUGAAAAACCGGAGCUCAGCAUCUCCAGCAGCUUUCAGCGUGGAGAGCAUGGACAUGAACCCAGAAUGCUUUGUGUCUCCCCGGUGUGCAAAAAAGCACAAAUCCAAACAGCUAGCAGCCCGGAUCCUGGAAGCCCACCAGAAUGUGGCCCAGAUGCCCUUGGUCGAAGCCAAGCUGCGGUUCAUCCAGGCAUGGCAGUCUCUUCCUGAAUUCGGGCUCACCUACUACCUCGUCAGAUUCAAAGGAAGCAAAAAAGAUGAUAUUCUGGGAGUUUCAUAUAAUAGGUUGAUUCGAAUCGAUGCAGCCACCGGGAUUCCAAUUACAACAUGGAGAUUCGCGAAUAUGAAGCAGUGGAAUGUGAACUGGGAAAUCCGUCAGGUGGCUAUCGAGUUUGACCAGAAUGUCUCCAUCGCAUUCACCUGCCUGAGUGCGGAUUGCAAGAUUGUGCAUGAGUACAUCGGGGGCUAUAUCUUCUUAUCCACCCGCUCCAAGGACCAGAAUGAAACACUUGAUGAGGAUUUGUUCCAUAAAUUGACUGGUGGUCAGGAAUGA